GCGCCGUGUCCCUUUAAGGAGGCUCGCCGCGCGCCGGGUCCUCCCUCUUCUGUCCUGUUUGUGUUUCUCCUCGACGGUUCGCCUCCCUCGUCGCUCCUUUCGCCUUAACAUCUCAUUUUUUAUACAUUUUUGCAAAGGGAGAAGAUGGCAGACCUGGGUAAGGGGGUCACGGCCGGGAAACUGGCCAGCAAUAUGCAGAAAAAAAUCACCCGAGCGCAGGAGAAGGUUCUUCAGAAGCUGGGCAAAGCCGACGAGACGAAGGAUGCCGCAUUCGAGGAAUGGGUGACAAACUUCCACAAGCAGCUGGCAGAGGGUACCAAACUCCAGAGGGAUCUGAGAGCCUACCUGGCAGCUGUAAAAGCAAUGCACGAGUCAUCCAAGCGCCUCCAGGAGUGCCUGGUGGAUAUGUACGAGAUGGAGUGGUACGGCAAGGAUGAGGUGAACUCCAUUGCAGAGGACACUGACCUGCUGUGGACAGACUUCCAUCAGAAGCUGGUGGACCAUGCCUUGAUCUCCAUGGAUACAUACCUGGGGCAGUUCCCAGAUAUCAAGGCACGCAUUGCAAAGCGGGACAGGAAGCUGGUGGACUACGAUAGCGCACGCCACCACUACGCCUCUCUGCAGAAGGGCAAGAAGAAGGAUGAUGUCAAGGUUGCCAAGCCGGUCUCUCUCCUGGAAAAGGCAGCACCGGGCUGGGCGCAGGGGAUACUGUCAGCGCACCAUGUCGCUCAAACUAACCUGUCCAGAAGUCAGGCUGAGGAAGAAUUAGGAAGAGCUCAGAAGGUAUUUGACGAGAUCAACGAGGACCUACAAGAGGAGCUUCCAUCCCUAUGGAACAGCCGCGUCGGCUUCUACGUCAACACCUUCCAGAGCGUGGCAGGGCUAGAGGAGAAGUUUCACAGGGAAAUGGGGAAGCUGAGCCUAAACCUCAAUGACGUGUUGGACAAACUGGAGGAACAAAAGGCAGGUAAAGUGAGUCAGAAGACAGCAGCUGCGGUGAAGAGCAACACAGGUGGAACCAACAAUGCGCUUACUCCUGGGGGGACCGGCGCUCCCGCCAUUCCCAAGUCUCCAUCUAAGCUGAAGCCAGGGCCUCCAUUGCCCCCACCACCAAAGGUCACCCCGUCCAAAGACCUCAAACCGGAAAACAUCAUCAACCUGUUUGACGAUGCAUUCGUGCCUGAAAUAAACGUUUCGUCCCCUUCGCAGUUUGAGGCCCCUGCAGGGGGCAGUCUUCUCGAUAUGGACUUUGAUGCGCUGCAGUCCACCUCCAGCGCUCCGGCCACACAUGUGGCACCCCAGGCGGGGUCGUGGGACCCAUGGGAAGCUGAUGGCACUGAAACUGCUGCGCAAACAGCGGAAACAGAGUCUGAUGCUGCUGCUCCCAGCCAGCCAGCUGAGACUUUGCCAGAGACGACCAACGGCUCCACAGAAGAUGCAGAGAUGCCCCCGGGAUUCCUCUAUAAAGUGGUGGUGAUGCACGAAUACACAGCCAGUGACGCAGAUGAGCUGGAACUGAAGAGCGGGGAGGUGCUGCUGGUCGUGACCUUCGACAAGCCCGAGGAACAGGAUGAAGGCUGGCAGAUGGCUGUGAAGGAGUCCUACUGGCUUGAGAACAAGGACCUCAAGGCCAAAGGAGUGUUCCCAGAAAACUUCACCCAGCGUCUGUGAGUGGGGACCUCCCACCCUCCUCCCUGCUCCUCUGCUGCUGCCACCCACCCCACCCCCCACAGUGCUCCCAGGAAACUGGACGGGGGACACCAUACGUGCAUCAGUUGGAGUCAUGGCAAAGCAUUUUCCCAUGUGUGUUAAAAUGUGAUGGCAGGUUUGUAAUUGUGCACUCAGGUUGAUUUGUGUUCUUGUUUGUUGUUUUUUUUAAUUUGUCCACAGGAAGGUCGAAAAGGCACAGCUUUUUUACCGGUUGUUUAGGGUUGGGUUCACACCCCCACUAUAAUCAUUGUACGUCACUUUGGAGAACAGCAUCUCCUAAAUAAAUAGAUGUCGAAAGUAAAUGUCAGUAACACUGACUGCCCCCUGCGGAAUUUGGACAAGACAGCAGAUUCCUUGGGUUCUGCUUAUUGCCCCAGUUUUGGUGUAGCUGGUUCCGCUGCUGUGGUCGUCAAACUGAAAGUCCAUCUAACACAAAAAUGGAAAUGUCCUUAGUAGAUCGAACAAGACUUUUAGUUUGUUAAAAAUUAACUGGAGAUGAGCUUUGUAAAAACUUAUUAGCAAAUGUUUUCUCAAAAAAUUAGUUGAAUUUAAAAGGGGGCAGCUGGUAAAAGGUCUUAGUGCAACAGGUGUCUAGUUUCCAAAGUCUGGUUGUAAUUGAUUAUUAAAGCAUUAGAAGUCACUCGUCCAUAGAAUGCAUUCUGAAAUUGAAUACCAGAUUAACAAAUUUGGCUAAACAUUAAUUAAAAAAAAAAAAAAAAGUGACAUGCCUACUUGUUAAAGGGAAUAUCUGAGUGGUUCUCUCCUGACGUGGGGACUGACUGAGGGACAUGCCUCUUCACUGUGUACAAAACACAUGCGCUGUUGAAUUUUUCAUUUUUGCUCCCGAAAAGAGAUGGGAUCAAACACCCAACCACCUCCACCACUGCGCUCAGGUGUACCUGUACCUGUUGACUCCUACUGGACCCCAGCUUGCCGGUGUUUUUUUUUUUUUUUUUCCCCCCCACCCCUCGCUUCACACACUCCCUGAAAUCAGACAUAUGUUACACAGAUAUGUCUGCUGGAAACUUGUAGAAAAUGGAAGACAUUUUUCUCUGGAAAGAACCCACAGCUGCUGCUUUACUGUGAAAUCCAUUCUUUUGUUUCCAGUGAUUCCCCCCCCC